UAUAGUAUCAUUUCGCGUAGUUCAUGUGCAGUGCAAUAAUGAUCUCAUGAUGUUAAAAAUGUUUUUAUUGUUAAGUGUACUUAUAGGUUUAAGUAGUGCUCAAAUUUUACAAGACGGAAAGUGCGAUACAAAUAUCGCUUUAGAAGAUAACUUUAACCUAGAAGCUUUCACAGGGAAAUGGCACAAUAUAGAAGGUACCCCCGGUCCUCUACAGUCAGGAGACUGUUCGACUUUGGAAAUCACAUCGCGUGGUACCAUUACUACUGAAACAAGCACGUUAGAUGUGAAGUUAAGAUCUGUGAACGAGAACUUCCUUAGGGAAAGCAGUGGAGUGAUUACUGCGAGAAAUGGAACAGCGAAGCUCACAAUUAACUUAGAGUCCAUUGCUGAACCAAUAAUCUUUCAAAUAAUGGUCACAAAUUAUGAAAAUUACGCACUUGCUUUUAGCUGUGAAAACGUUGGAACUACUCAAAGAAAUGUGCACAUCUGGCAACUUGGAAGGGAUACCUCAUUUCCAACAGAGAUGAUCAUCAAUCUUAUGAACAAUACUAUGUAUCGUAACUUUGAACUGACACGCGCAGAUUUGUCAGUUGUAGAUAACUCUGGCGCUGCCUGUCAUGUCCUGCCAGUCAUUCCGCCCGGACAGGCUAUUAUAUUGCCUGGACAGUGCGAUCCAAAUUUACGAGUUGAGCAAGAGUUUAAUCCCGAGCAAUUUAAAGGUGUUUGGCAUCAAAUCGCAUCGUACUACACACCAAAUACUCAAGGGCAGUGCAACAGGGCAGAAUAUACACUUCGAGGAGAUGUCAUAGAUGUAGUCAACAGUGAAGUUAACAACGGAACUUUGAGAACUAUAACUGGUUCAGCAACUAUUUCUAGUUCCGAUGGAAGCGCAAAGCUGAAUGUGACUUUGGAAGUGAUACCUGAUUAUUUUGUGUCUCAGCCGCUUUGGAUUCUUGCAACGAAUUACAAUACCUAUGCAGUUUCCUAUACGUGCGUGGAUCUACCUGAGGAUCGGAAGCAAGUUACUAGCUGGAUUCUUAGCCGAUCGCGUAACCUGACCGAUGAAGCGAGAACAGAAGUUAACCGUGUAAUUGACUCCUACUACGACCUAAAUAGACAGUAUUUUGUGGACGCUGACCAAAGUGACGAUGCAUGCUUUUAUCUUCCUCCACCAACUGGGAAGCCUGUUGUGUUUCGCGGCCAAUGUGAUGAAAGUAUAAAAGUCAUGCUGAACUUCACAGCAGAGCUGUAUGGGGGCCUUUGGUAUAACAUCGAGUCAUACCCAUCUCCAAACCAACAAGGAUCCUGCAGAAAUGCAAGGUAUUCAUUGGCCGAUGAUGGGACCGUUGAUGUCUUUAACACUCAAGUCAUCGGAGAGGAACUUCUUACUAUAAACGGAGUAGCCACCGUAUCAAACGAUGGCAGUGCCAGACUGAGAGUCAGUUUUCCAAUACCCGGAACCAAUCGAACAACUUUAACGGACUACUGGGUACUCUCAACUGAUUAUAAGUCAUACGCUAUUGUCUACUCUUGUACAAAUCUUAACGAAGAUGAAAGAUCAGUGUAUGUCUGGAAACUUAGUCGAACAAAGGAAUUGCCUGCAGAAGCUGAUACGGAAUUCGACGUUGUUAGUAAAGACAUUCCCGUAAUAAAUCAGAUGUACUUAGAGAAGGAUAAUCAAAAUAAGACUGCUUGUUUCUAUUAUCCUAAAGAGAGACCUGGAGUCCCUGUUGUGUUCCCAGGAAGGUGUUCUGAUGAUGACAUCCCCGUUAUAAAUAAUUUUAACGCAAGUGCUUUCACGGGUGUAUGGUUUGAAAUACAAGCUUACCCAAAAGAAUUUCAACCCGGACAAUGCAUUAGACAUGACUAUUCACAAUCAGGAAAUAAUCUAACACUAACAACAUCUAGCGUUGAUAAUCAAUUUCUUACAAUUUCUACUAGUGACUUAGUUACAAGUGGAUCUAGUGGAAAAUUAAGUAUCAACACUGUUGGACCCAAUGGAACAACAAUAACAAUACCAUUUUGGAUUUUAAGCGUAGACUACAACGAUUAUGCCUUCGCUUACAGCUGCAUGGACUUAGAAGAGGACCACCGAGCAAUUUACAGCUGGAAACUAAGUAGAAACCAGAAUGGACUCUCUACAGAAGCACAUGGAAAUAUAGACAACGUGAUGUCAAAUGUAGUGGUUCUUGAACGCCGUUACUAUGAAAAUGUAGACCAAACAGACAACGCCUGCUUUUAUCUACCAGAUCUGGCGCCUGGUGAACCCGUGAUACUCGAAGGCCAAUGUGAUUUGGACAUACCAGUUGUAGAGAACUUUAACGCAACCGAGUAUUUAGGUCGUUGGCGCUUAAUAGAAUCCUAUCCAGCUGAACAACAGACUGGCACUUGCAAUGAAGCAUAUUACUCCGCUGGAAGCGGGAACACAAUAGAAGUUGUCAACUCGCAAGUAGUUGGCGAUGAACUCAACAGUGUUACCGGUACUGCCGAAGUUGAAAGUAAUGGGAAACUAAAAGUUACUUUUCCAAAUAGUCCAGAUCCAGCAUACAUCACGAUUAUAAAUACUGACUACAAAUCAUAUUCACUUGUCUAUAGCUGUACCAACCUACCUGAUAAUAAACAAAGAAUAUUUAGUUGGAAACUGAGUCGUACAAAAAGCCUUACGGAAGACGCGACGGAGAGCAUUAACACAAUUAUGAACAACAUUCGAGUAUUAAAUAAUAAAUAUUUUCAAAAGGUGGAUCAAUCAGAUAUUGCCUGCUUUUAUCUACCGCCUCCUGGACCAUAUCCAGUUAUAUUCCGUGGUCAAUGUGAUCCAAAUAUAACAACCGUCCCUAAGUUUGAAGCUAGUCGUUAUCUCAACUUAUGGCACAACAUUGAAUCUUAUCCAUCAACUUUCCAAACUGGAACAUGUAACAACGCGUUUUACUCUGCUGGUACUACUAGCGAUGUCGACGUAUAUAAUACCCAAGUCAUCGACAGACAAUUGGACACCAUUCGAGGAACAGCUAAUCUCGCAGGCGACCCAGACGUUGGAAAGCUUAUUGUUAGCUUUCCUAUUGCAGGCACUAAUCAGACAACUUCCACGGAUUACUUGAUUCUAGCUACAGAUUAUAUUUCAUAUGCACUUGUAUAUACCUGCUAUAAAGUGGAUGAAGAACAUAGGGCAGUAUUGAGCUGGAAAUUAAGUCGCUCCAAAUCGCUAACAACUGAUGCACAAACUGCUAUCAACGCUGUAAUAAGCACAAUCCCAGUCCUUAAUCAAAAAUAUUAUGAGCGCAAUAACCAAAGUGCCGAAGGAUGCUUCUAUUUUCCUGAUCCUGAACCUGGGAAGGUUGUCGAGUUUCCUGGAAAAUGUGAUCAAACUAUUCCUGCGGUGCCCAAUUUUAAUUUCACAGCUUUUAGAGGUACCUGGUAUGAAAUACAGGCGUAUCCUAAGGAACAACAGACGGGACAGUGCGUUAGCCAUACCUACUCUGAAGCCGGCUCAAAUACCUUGCAACUUAUUUCAAAUCAAGUUCUAAACCAGGGUCUAAUACAAACUAAUAGCGAUGUAAGAUUAACGUCUUCUCAAGACCCGAGCGGCAAAUUAACUAUCACGAUUAGAACCAAUGGAUCAGAUGAGGAAAUCCCCUUUUGGGUUUUAAGCACAGACUACGAAGAUUACGCAUUGGCUUACUCUUGUGUAGAUAUCCCCAACCAUGAUAGACGAAAAGUGUUUAGUUGGAAAUUGAGUAGAUCUAAAACAUUAUCCACCGCCGGCGAUCUAGCUAUAACUAAUGCGAUGAGUGACAUUGAUGUCUUAGACCGUCAAUAUUAUCAGAAUAUCAACCAAUCCUACUCUGCCUGUUUCUACUUACCGGAUAUUCCCCAUGGAGAACCUGUCAUAUUCCCUGGAAAAUGCGAUCUUGACAUACCAGUUGUUAGAGACUUCAACGUCACCAGGUAUCUAGGCCGCUGGCGUAUGCUUGAAACUUAUCACUCAGAAUUUCAACGUGGAACAUGUAACGAUGCAACGUACACGUUGCUCAAUGACGGUACGGUCUCAGCGCUUAACAGUCAAGUCAUCAAUGAAGAACUGGACACCAUUACUGGAAUCGCCUCAGCCAGCUCGGAUGGAUCUGCUAAGCUCUCUGUUAAAUUUCCUACAACUACUGAGGCUGCGGAUUACUGGGUCUUGAAUACCGACUAUGAUUCCUAUGCACUAGUGUACAGCUGCAAAAACCUUGAAAAUAAUCAGAAGAGAGUGUGGAGCUGGAAGCUUAGUCGAAAUAGAGAACUAAGCACCACUGCUAUCGACAAUAUCAAUUCCGUUAUCAGAGACAUCGACGUGUUAAAUAGUAGAUAUUAUAAGACCGUAGGCCAUACUGAUAAAGAUUGCUUCUACUAUCCUGUACCAGAUGGAAGACCAGUAAAGUUUAGAGGACAAUGUGAUGAAUCAAUAUCUGGUGUCAAUUUAUUUAGAGCUGGAGACUAUCUCAACUUAUGGCACAACAUUGAAUCUUAUCCAUCAAAUUUCCAAACUGGAACAUGUAACAACGCAUUUUACUCAGCUGGUACUACUAGCGAUGUCGACGUAUAUAAUACCCAAGUCAUCGACAGACAAUUGGACACCAUUCGAGGAACAGCUAAUCUCGCAGGCGACCCUAACGUUGGAGAGCUUAUUGUUAGCUUUCCUAUUGCAGGCACUAAUCAGACAACGUCCACGGAUUACUUGAUUCUAGCCACUGAUUAUAUUUCAUAUGCACUUGUUUAUACCUGCUAUAAAGUGGAUGAAGAACAUAGGGCAGUAUUGAGCUGGAAAUUAAGUCGCUCCAAAUCGCUAACAACUGAAGCUCAUACUGCUAUCAACGCUGUAAUAAACACAAUCCCAGUCCUUAAUCAAAAGUAUUAUGAGCGCAAUAACCAAAGUGCCGAAGGAUGCUUCUAUUUUCCUGAUCCUGAACCUGGGAAGGUUGUCGAGUUUCCUGGAAAAUGUGAUCAAAAUAUUCCUGCGAUACCCAAUUUUAAUUUCACAGCUUUUAGAGGUACCUGGUAUGAAAUACAGGCGUAUCCUAAGGAACAACAGACGGGACAGUGCGUUAGCCAUACCUACUCUGAAGCCGGCUCAAAUACCUUGCAACUUAUUUCAAAUCAAGUUCUAAACCAGGGUCUAAUACAAACUAAUAGCGAUGUAAGAUUAACGUCUUCUCAAGACCCGAGCGGCAAAUUAACUAUCACGAUUAGAACCAAUGGAUCAGAUGAGGAAAUCCCCUUUUGGGUUUUAAGCACAGACUACGAAGAUUACGCAUUGGCUUACUCUUGUGUAGAUAUCCCCAACCAUGAUAGACGAAAAGUGUUUAGUUGGAAAUUGAGUAGAUCUAAAACAUUAUCCACCGCCGGCGAUCUAGCUAUAACUAAUGCGAUGAGUGACAUUGAUGUCUUAGACCGUCAAUAUUAUCAGAAUAUCAACCAAUCCUACUCUGCCUGUUUCUACUUACCGGAUAUUCCCCAUGGAGAACCUGUCAUAUUCCCUGGAAAAUGCGAUCUUGACAUACCAGUUGUUAGAGACUUCAACGUCACCAGGUAUCUAGGCCGCUGGCGUAUGCUUGAAACUUAUCACUCAGAAUUUCAACGUGGAACAUGUAACGAUGCAACGUACACGUUGCUCAAUGACGGUACGGUCUCAGCGCUUAACAGUCAAGUCAUCAAUGAAGAACUGGACACCAUUACUGGAAUCGCCUCAGCCAGCUCGGAUGGAUCUGCUAAGCUCUCUGUUAAAUUUCCUACAACUACUGAGGCUGCGGAUUACUGGGUCUUGAAUACCGACUAUGAUUCCUAUGCACUAGUGUACAGCUGCAAAAACCUUGAAAAUAAUCAGAAGAGAGUGUGGAGCUGGAAGCUUAGUCGAAAUAGAGAACUAAGCACCACUGCUAUCGACAAUAUCAAUUCCGUUAUCAGAGACAUCGACGUGUUAAAUAGUAGAUAUUAUAAGACCGUAGGCCAUACUGAUAAAGAUUGCUUCUACUAUCCUGUACCAGAUGGAAGACCAGUAAAGUUUAGAGGACAAUGUGAUGAAUCAAUAUCUGGUGUCAAUUUAUUUAGAGCUGGAGACUAUCUCAACUUAUGGCACAACAUUGAAUCUUAUCCAUCAAAUUUCCAAACUGGAACAUGUAACAACGCAUUUUACUCAGCUGGUACUACUAGCGAUGUCGACGUAUAUAAUACCCAAGUCAUCGACAGACAAUUGGACACCAUUCGAGGAACAGCUAAUCUCGCAGGCGACCCUAACGUUGGAGAGCUUAUUGUUAGCUUUCCUAUUGCAGGCACUAAUCAGACAACGUCCACGGAUUACUUGAUUCUAGCCACUGAUUAUAUUUCAUAUGCACUUGUUUAUACCUGCUAUAAAGUGGAUGAAGAACAUAGGGCAGUAUUGAGCUGGAAAUUAAGUCGCUCCAAAUCGCUAACAACUGAAGCUCAUACUGCUAUCAACGCUGUAAUAAACACAAUCCCAGUCCUUAAUCAAAAGUAUUAUGAGCGCAAUAACCAAAGUGCCGAAGGAUGCUUCUAUUUUCCUGAUCCUGAACCUGGGAAGGUUGUCGAGUUUCCUGGAAAAUGUGAUCAAAAUAUUCCUGCGAUACCCAAUUUUAAUUUCACAGCUUUUAGAGGUACCUGGUAUGAAAUACAGGCGUAUCCUAAGGAACAACAGACGGGACAGUGCGUUAGCCAUACCUACUCUGAAGCCGGCUCAAAUACCUUGCAACUUAUUUCAAAUCAAGUUCUAAACCAGGGUCUAAUACAAACUAAUAGCGAUGUAAGAUUAACGUCUUCUCAAGACCCGAGCGGCAAAUUAACUAUCACGAUUAGAACCAAUGGAUCAGAUGAGGAAAUCCCCUUUUGGGUUUUAAGCACAGACUACGAAGAUUACGCAUUGGCUUACUCUUGUGUAGAUAUCCCCAACCAUGAUAGACGAAAAGUGUUUAGUUGGAAAUUGAGUAGAUCUAAAACAUUAUCCACCGCCGGCGAUCUAGCUAUAACUAAUGCGAUGAGUGACAUUGAUGUCUUAGACCGUCAAUAUUAUCAGAAUAUCAACCAAUCCUACUCUGCCUGUUUCUACUUACCGGAUAUUCCCCAUGGAGAACCUGUCAUAUUCCCUGGAAAAUGCGAUCUUGACAUACCAGUUGUUAGAGACUUCAACGUCACCAGGUAUCUAGGCCGCUGGCGUAUGCUUGAAACUUAUCACUCAGAAUUUCAACGUGGAACAUGUAACGAUGCAACGUACACGUUGCUCAAUGACGGUACGGUCUCAGCGCUUAACAGUCAAGUCAUCAAUGAAGAACUGGACACCAUUACUGGAAUCGCCUCAGCCAGCUCGGAUGGAUCUGCUAAGCUCUCUGUUAAAUUUCCUACAACUACUGAGGCUGCGGAUUACUGGGUCUUGAAUACCGACUAUGAUUCCUAUGCACUAGUGUACAGCUGCAAAAACCUUGAAAAUAAUCAGAAGAGAGUGUGGAGCUGGAAGCUUAGUCGAAAUAGAGAACUAAGCACCACUGCUAUCGACAAUAUCAAUUCCGUUAUCAGAGACAUCGACGUGUUAAAUAGUAGAUAUUAUAAGACCGUAGGCCAUACUGAUAAAGAUUGCUUCUACUAUCCUGUACCAGAUGGAAGACCAGUAAAGUUUAGAGGACAAUGUGAUGAAUCAAUAUCUGGUGUCAAUUUAUUUAGAGCUGGAGACUAUCUCAACUUAUGGCACAACAUUGAAUCUUAUCCAUCAAAUUUCCAAACUGGAACAUGUAACAACGCAUUUUACUCAGCUGGUACUACUAGCGAUGUCGACGUAUAUAAUACCCAAGUCAUCGACAGACAAUUGGACACCAUUCGAGGAACAGCUAAUCUCGCAGGCGACCCUAACGUUGGAGAGCUUAUUGUUAGCUUUCCUAUUGCAGGCACUAAUCAGACAACGUCCACGGAUUACUUGAUUCUAGCCACUGAUUAUAUUUCAUAUGCACUUGUUUAUACCUGCUAUAAAGUGGAUGAAGAACAUAGGGCAGUAUUGAGCUGGAAAUUAAGUCGCUCCAAAUCGCUAACAACUGAAGCUCAUACUGCUAUCAACGCUGUAAUAAACACAAUCCCAGUCCUUAAUCAAAAGUAUUAUGAGCGCAAUAACCAAAGUGCCGAAGGAUGCUUCUAUUUUCCUGAUCCUGAACCUGGGAAGGUUGUCGAGUUUCCUGGAAAAUGUGAUCAAAAUAUUCCUGCGAUACCCAAUUUUAAUUUCACAGCUUUUAGAGGUACCUGGUAUGAAAUACAGGCGUAUCCUAAGGAACAACAGACGGGACAGUGCGUUAGCCAUACCUACUCUGAAGCCGGCUCAAAUACCUUGCAACUUAUUUCAAAUCAAGUUCUAAACCAGGGUCUAAUACAAACUAAUAGCGAUGUAAGAUUAACGUCUUCUCAAGACCCGAGCGGCAAAUUAACUAUCACGAUUAGAACCAAUGGAUCAGAUGAGGAAAUCCCCUUUUGGGUUUUAAGCACAGACUACGAAGAUUACGCAUUGGCUUACUCUUGUGUAGAUAUCCCCAACCAUGAUAGACGAAAAGUGUUUAGUUGGAAAUUGAGUAGAUCUAAAACAUUAUCCACCGCCGGCGAUCUAGCUAUAACUAAUGCGAUGAGUGACAUUGAUGUCUUAGACCGUCAAUAUUAUCAGAAUAUCAACCAAUCCUACUCUGCCUGUUUCUACUUACCGGAUAUUCCCCAUGGAGAACCUGUCAUAUUCCCUGGAAAAUGCGAUCUUGACAUACCAGUUGUUAGAGACUUCAACGUCACCAGGUAUCUAGGCCGCUGGCGUAUGCUUGAAACUUAUCACUCAGAAUUUCAACGUGGAACAUGUAACGAUGCAACGUACACGUUGCUCAAUGACGGUACGGUCUCAGCGCUUAACAGUCAAGUCAUCAAUGAAGAACUGGACACCAUUACUGGAAUCGCCUCAGCCAGCUCGGAUGGAUCUGCUAAGCUCUCUGUUAAAUUUCCUACAACUACUGAGGCUGCGGAUUACUGGGUCUUGAAUACCGACUAUGAUUCCUAUGCACUAGUGUACAGCUGCAAAAACCUUGAAAAUAAUCAGAAGAGAGUGUGGAGCUGGAAGCUUAGUCGAAAUAGAGAACUAAGCACCACUGCUAUCGACAAUAUCAAUUCCGUUAUCAGAGACAUCGACGUGUUAAAUAGUAGAUAUUAUAAGACCGUAGGCCAUACUGAUAAAGAUUGCUUCUACUAUCCUGUACCAGAUGGAAGACCAGUAAAGUUUAGAGGACAAUGUGAUGAAUCAAUAUCUGGUGUCAAUUUAUUUAGAGCUGGAGACUAUCUCAACUUAUGGCACAACAUUGAAUCUUAUCCAUCAAAUUUCCAAACUGGAACAUGUAACAACGCAUUUUACUCAGCUGGUACUACUAGCGAUGUCGACGUAUAUAAUACCCAAGUCAUCGACAGACAAUUGGACACCAUUCGAGGAACAGCUAAUCUCGCAGGCGACCCUAACGUUGGAGAGCUUAUUGUUAGCUUUCCUAUUGCAGGCACUAAUCAGACAACGUCCACGGAUUACUUGAUUCUAGCCACUGAUUAUAUUUCAUAUGCACUUGUUUAUACCUGCUAUAAAGUGGAUGAAGAACAUAGGGCAGUAUUGAGCUGGAAAUUAAGUCGCUCCAAAUCGCUAACAACUGAAGCUCAUACUGCUAUCAACGCUGUAAUAAACACAAUCCCAGUCCUUAAUCAAAAGUAUUAUGAGCGCAAUAACCAAAGUGCCGAAGGAUGCUUCUAUUUUCCUGAUCCUGAACCUGGGAAGGUUGUCGAGUUUCCUGGAAAAUGUGAUCAAAAUAUUCCUGCGAUACCCAAUUUUAAUUUCACAGCUUUUAGAGGUACCUGGUAUGAAAUACAGGCGUAUCCUAAGGAACAACAGACGGGACAGUGCGUUAGCCAUACCUACUCUGAAGCCGGCUCAAAUACCUUGCAACUUAUUUCAAAUCAAGUUCUAAACCAGGGUCUAAUACAAACUAAUAGCGAUGUAAGAUUAACGUCUUCUCAAGACCCGAGCGGCAAAUUAACUAUCACGAUUAGAACCAAUGGAUCAGAUGAGGAAAUCCCCUUUUGGGUUUUAAGCACAGACUACGAAGAUUACGCAUUGGCUUACUCUUGUGUAGAUAUCCCCAACCAUGAUAGACGAAAAGUGUUUAGUUGGAAAUUGAGUAGAUCUAAAACAUUAUCCACCGCCGGCGAUCUAGCUAUAACUAAUGCGAUGAGUGACAUUGAUGUCUUAGACCGUCAAUAUUAUCAGAAUAUCAACCAAUCCUACUCUGCCUGUUUCUACUUACCGGAUAUUCCCCAUGGAGAACCUGUCAUAUUCCCUGGAAAAUGCGAUCUUGACAUACCAGUUGUUAGAGACUUCAACGUCACCAGGUAUCUAGGCCGCUGGCGUAUGCUUGAAACUUAUCACUCAGAAUUUCAACGUGGAACAUGUAACGAUGCAACGUACACGUUGCUCAAUGACGGUACGGUCUCAGCGCUUAACAGUCAAGUCAUCAAUGAAGAACUGGACACCAUUACUGGAAUCGCCUCAGCCAGCUCGGAUGGAUCUGCUAAGCUCUCUGUUAAAUUUCCUACAACUACUGAGGCUGCGGAUUACUGGGUCUUGAAUACCGACUAUGAUUCCUAUGCACUAGUGUACAGCUGCAAAAACCUUGAAAAUAAUCAGAAAAGAGUUUGGAGUUGGAAACUAAGUAGGACAACAGAGUUAAGUCCAUCAGCUAACGACAAUAUUAAUGCUAUUAUCGAGAGAACGAACGUUCUAAAUAGCAGGUACUACAGCAAAAUACAGCAUUCAGUCGACGCUUGCUUUUACUAUCCUGAAGAUAAUGGGCAGCCAUUGGUAUUUAGAGGACCUUGUGAAGAAAAUGUUCCAUUAGUUAACAAUUUCAAUGCUUCUAAUUAUUUAGGAUCCUGGUACGAUAUAGAGAGUUACCCAACUGCCUACCAGUUUGGUAGUUGUCCAAGCGCUACAUAUACCCUUAAUAAUCCAGUGGUAGAUGUCUAUAAUACUGAAGUAAUUAACAAACGGUUGUCAUCCGUUAAUGGAGUGGCUGUACCAUACUCUGAUGGAUCUUCUAGAUUAACUGUCUCCUUCCCCAUUCCUGGAACUGCUCUAACUACAAAUACACCAUACUGGAUACUCGCAACUGACUACUUAAACUAUGCAUUGGUAUAUUCUUGUGUUAACGACGAAAACAAGGAAAACAGGAGAGUGUCAAGUUGGAAACUCAGCAGAACGAAAUAUCUAUCAGAAGAGUCGAAUACGCAUAUAAACAACGUCAUGAACUCAGUAAAAGUCCUCCGUAGCAAGUAUUACAAAGAGAGAGGUCAUUUAGACAGCAACUGUUUCUAUUUCCCCGAAAACAACGGCGGUCCAGUGAAAAUGCCGGGAGAGUGUGCAGCUAGCACCAUAGCCAUUGAUAACUUUGAUAAAGAAGCGUUCACUGGCCCUUGGUACGAAGUAUCAAGAUUCCCGUCAGAAUUAAAAUCGGGUGAAUGCGUUUCCAACGAAUUUGUUUCUUCAAACAAUGGCUUUACAAUGAAAAAAACUUACGUGUCUGAUGAAGAGUUGAUUGAGGCUAAAGGAUCAGCCACCCUCUCUAAUGAUACAAGAGGAAUCCUUACUGUUAACCUAACUGAUGGAAGUGGAGCUAUCUAUGAGACUACCAUGUACGUGAUAGACGUCAACUACACUGACUAUGCACUACUUUAUGGCUGCAGAGACAUCGGAGAAGGGAGAAAACAAGUAUACAGUUGGAAACUCAGUAGGCGGCAGGCUGGUUUAUCACCUGAAGCCGUCGAUAGUAUAAAUAAAGUCGUAUCAGACUCGCUAGAACUUUGGGAAGGGUACUAUGAAGACACAGACCAAACAGACAAAGGCUGCUUCCACUACCCCGAGUAUGAUACGUUACCUGAAGAAAUUGUUUUAAUAGGACGCUGUGAUGAUAGUAUCAAAGGAGUAGCAAACUUCAACGCGAGCGCUUACUUAGGCAACUGGAUUGAGGUAGCGAGCUACCCUCAACGAUUCCAAAAUGGCGACUGUGCAAGAGCGUACUACACCUCCACAGAUGGCGUCGUUGUCAAUGUAAUGAACACUCAAGUUAUUAAUCGUUCACUAGAUGUCGCUUAUGCAACUGCUAGAGUCGCGUCCAACGACAGCACUGGAGUUUUAGAUGUUACCUUCACUAUGCCGGUAUCAAUUACAUCGAAUUACUACAUUCUCGCUACGGAUUACGAAAGUUACGCCCUUGUAUACAGCUGCCGAAACUUGGAAAAUGGAAAGAGACAAGUGGGCAGUUGGAAGCUUAGAAGAGGAAAAAUGUUAAGUCAGGAAGCAGAAGCUAUUAUGGAUGAUGUUAUCAGCAAUACCGAAGGUCUCAUACAACGCAAUUACAAAUCUACAAGUCAAACGGAAGAUGCUUGUUUUUACAUACCAGAAGCGGAUAGGAACACGCCUCCAGUGUUUAGGGGACAAUGUCAAGAUGUUAAAGGUGUGGAAGGAUUCGAUAUAGAAAAAUACGUGGGCUGGUGGCAUGAAAUCGAAAACUACCCAAGUAGCCAAAGUGGAUCUUGUAUCAGCUCUGAGCUUGUUGCCACAGAAAAUUCAUACCAAAUGAUUGAUACCAGUGUACGAAACAAUAGUGCCACGGUUAUAACAAGCACAGUCACGGCUUCCAGUGACGGAAGAUUGAUUAAGACGUUCAGCGAUGGCAGUUCUGUUGAAUUAUUGGUGAUUGUAACGGAUUAUGAAACAUUCUCGCUACUAUAUUCUUGUGAAAAUAUCAAUGAUGAUUACAAGCGUGUAUGGAGUGCAAAGCUUUCCAAAACCCGAGAGCUAUCAGAAAACGCGCAGAAUGUAAUUUCACAAUAUAUGGAAUCCAAUCGAGUUUUGGAAGAGAAGUUCUACUUCUCAGUAAACCAGAGUGAUUCAGUAUGUUUCCACUACCCCGAAAUUACGGGGGACCAGGUCAUCAUACCUGGACAGUGUGAUGACAGUAUACCAGUCGAAACAUCAUUUGAUACUGCACAGUAUACCGGAACUUGGUACCAAAUUGAAAGGUAUCCUCAACGAUUUGAGAGUGGCAACUGUACUGGAGCCAGGUAUAGCUACAAUACUGUAAGUAGCGUCAUCACAGUCCAGAACUGGCAGGUCAUUGACGGUACACUGGACACAGUUGAAGGAAAUGCCACUGUCACCUCAGUUGAUGGGAGUGCCAAACUGGUCGUCAACUUACCUGUUCGCGGUACAGAUGACCCGAACCCUCCUAUGGUCUCAAUGGAUCUCUAUAUCCUGAAAACGGAUUAUAUUUCGUAUUCACUGGCGUAUAGCUGCGUCAAUCGUGGUCCUUAUAAAAGAGCGAUUGGGGCAUGGAAGCUCAGCAGAACGCGAACGAUGACAGAGGCUGGCAACACCGCCAUAACCGAAUACGCUGUUAACAGACAAGAAUUUAAUGAGGAUUAUUUCCUCAAAGUAGGCCAAAGUGAAACGUGUUCCCAACCCAGUUCGGGAGUAAUAGCUAGGAGCGGAAUUAUAGUCCUAAUUAUAAGUAUCGCUAUUUUAAAUUUCCUUUGAUAUCAUUUUGUUUUUGCUUUUUAGAAUAGCUUUAAAUUAUUUUUUGUAUUAUUCUCUUUUAUAGGAAGUAACACAAAAUAUAUUUGUACAAUUUUAUUAGUUGACAUUCACUUUUAAUUUAUAAGAAUUUCUAAAAUCGAGGUACCAACUCUAAUUUUAAUUUUCUUAUAAUAAAUUUUAAAACCUC